AUGGGGUUUUCUAUUAAGCGUGGACUAAGGCAGGAUUGUCCCUUAUCGCCAUUACUUUUUAAUGUUGUUGGGGAGGCUAUUAGUGGUAUGCUCAAGAAAGCGACUGUCAUUAGGUUGUGCGGUAAUGUAGGAGUAGGGUUCGGAAACACUGAUAUUUCUCACAUCCAAUUCGCAGACAAUCUGUUGAUUUUUUCGGUUGCAAACGAUCAGAGUUUAAAGAAUUUCAAUCGUGUUCUAAAAAUUUUUGAGCUAGCGGCGGGCUUGAAAUUAAAUAUUUCAAAAUCAAAGAUUUUUGGUAUCAAUGUAGAUAACAGCAGGAUUAGAAAUUGGGCGAAUUCAAUUAAUUACGGUUGGGCUUUUCUUCCUUCGACAUACUUGGGCCUUCCAUUAGGACACAAAAAGAAUUUGAAGUCUCUUUGGAAACAAGUUUUGGAGAAGAACAUUGUUAACCCGAUUGCUUCUCAGGAUGGGAAUAUGAAUGCUGAUUUUUCUUGCAUAAUGGGUAAUGGAGUUAAAAUCAAUUUUUGGAAUGAUAACUGGUCUGAAAUGAAUUCUCUUAAAACUUCCUUCCCUAUAAUAUUUGGUUUGGCCUUAAAAAUGUCCGGGAAUAUAUUUGAGUUUGGGAUUUGGGUGACUGAUGUAUGGGUAUGGAAGAUUGAGCUUAGGAGAGGCCUUUUCGAAUGGGAAAAAGCUCUUUGGUUGAAUUUCAUGGAGGUAUUAAACAAAGUCGUUAGUACGGUCCCUACUAUAAAUAAGUUGAAUUGGGCAGGCUCUGUUGAUGGUUGUUAUUCUCCGAAAUCAUUUUUCCAUAGGGCGUCAUCAAUAGGCAAAUUGGAAGAUCCGAUAUGGAGAGAUGUCUGGUGCAAAUUUGUGCCACCAAAAGCGUCAGGUUUUGUAUGGAAAAUAGUGCAUCAAAGACUGUCAGUUAUCUCUGAACUGGUAAAGCAAGGUGUUCCAGUUUCUGAUCAUUCCUUUUGUUCUUUCUGUCAUUGUUUUCCAGAAUCUAUAAAUCAUAUAUUGGUUCAAUGCGAGGCUGUAUGGCAUAUUAGGCAACGUUGGUGCUCCUUGUGGCAUAUUUGCAUGGUGUUUCCUUCGAAUGUUAAAGACUUGUUGCAGGGAUCGGUUGAUGGCACAGUGAUGGUAGCAUGGGAGUGGAGAUGGCAGAGAGAUGGUGGUAGUAACCAGUUCAACAGUCGGGGCAUUGGAUGCCCCAGAUAUUAA